AGGUGAUGUGAAUUUUGUUUGUGAUUAGAUGGCCCUCAAGUGAAGCCAUGGCUGAUCAAGAGUUCACUGUCCUGUACACACACCAGAAGACGAAAAAGGCUAAGGUGUGGCAAGAUGGUAUUUUGAAAACAUCAGGAGGACAACAGGCAGCAUUAUAUGGUGACAAGGGACAAAGGCUGGACUGUGUCUAUGUAAAAACUGGAAUGGUGAGCCCUGGAGAUGAACUGGAAAGUGACCGCUAUCUGAUCACAGUGGAAGCAGUGGGUAAUGCCAACAGCAGCACAAAGAGCUCGACAGACAGUAAAGAUGCCCAGAACUGCGUGAGACUUUCCCAGAAACCUAUUGGUCUGCGGCCCCCAGCUGGUGUAAAGAGAAAGUUUAUGGGCUUUCAAGGUCCCCGUGAAAUUGCAAAGAAGCCAUCUCCAGAGGUGGAGGAGACUGCAACUCUGUCCUCUCUUCAGCUGGCACAUGGAUGCUCUUCACAAUCUCCACAGCUGUAUGCUACAUCUCCCCUCUUUGCUUCUUCUUAUGGAAAACAGACAGACAAAGAUAAGCAAGUAUACUGUUCUUCAAAACAGAAAAUAGUGACUAUGACAAAUCCAGUUGGUAGAGAAAAUACUUUUUCCAGUACAUUUUUAGCUUCUCCAAAUCAACCAGUUACACAAGCAAGUGGUGAUAGAGUCACAGAAGUAGAAAAAAAAAAAACACGAAGCACCGCACAAAUUUUGGCUCUGCUGAACGCUCUCCCAGGUCAGAAGGAACCAGUUAGUGAUCACUUACCUGCCGGAGUAUCUACUUUGUGCAGUAAUGAGAUUCAGAAAACUACAUCUAUGAGGAAUGACCUUGAAGAUGCAAAAUCUUGUACGAGUCCCAGUGAGCUAUCACCAGUAAGAGCUAAGCCUGUCAAGAGUCGAUGGGAGGUUUACUUGGAUAACCCUGUAGAUCCCAGCUCUACUCAGAUUGACCAUGAUGAUCUUGUAUUGUCACCUAGCCCAGGUAAAAUGCUAAUGGAUGAUAAAGCAAGACCAGAAGAGGACAGAGAGCUGCACAGAAAAAUAGAUAUGGAAGAAAACAAUCAACUGCCUUAUACCCACAUCUCUAGACCUGGCCUAACUAAUAGUCAGUCACCGACACCCAAAUCAUUGGCUGUCGCCACUGAUGAUUUUAUCCCAGAUGAUGAGAAUAACGAUGGAGCUUUCUCAGAGAUCACAUUUAACCUAAUGGACAGUUUUGAUUUUACGGAACUAGAUGAUGCUGAUUCAACUGAGAGUCCCCCAGAAACUGUAUCACACUCUGCUAAAGAAAGUACACACUUAACUGAAAAACAAGAGUUUCUACAGAAGAAAAGUCAAGAAAAACAUGGAGAUAAUGAACUUACGGAAAACACUCCACUUUAUAAAAAUUGUGAGACCACCACUGUAUCUGAAUUAUCACAAGACAAAGCUGAAAGGGAAUCCACUAUACAAACACUACAGAACAGCCAAUCUGAAAUGCAUGAAACUGGUGACAAUGACAGCAAAGCAGAGGAUUCCCACAACUCUACCUGGAAGGAGGCAUUCUUUGAGGCAAAUAAUUUUUCCGAGUCUGGAUCUGAGCACAGUUACGUUACAGCCAUGCAGAACUGCCCACCCAAAUGGACUGUGGGAACUUCAGGUUCAGACUGUGAUUGGGAGAUUUCUCAAUGGACACCACACAAAUCUGAUGAGGUGAAGACACCGACACAGAGUCCAUCUGAAAAAGUCCGUCCUUUUUUUCUCAGACCAAGACAAGACAAUGUAGAUGUGAACUCUGCUGUACAGUUACACGAAUCUACAACUUUACUUGAACAAAACCGUUUUUUGAACUCAUCUAAAAUAUCCAAAGUACAGACCAGGCUUAUAAAGAAGCUGACAGCAGUACCAGUACCUAGUUAUGAGUUGGAGGGUGCUGCAUGCAACAUCCCUCAAUCUGUGAAGCCUGGCCGAAGUGUUGCAUCUCCAGAAAUGCAGUCAAGCAAAUGGACAGCGUAUCAGAGCAUUUCUACUGAAAGUUCCCAAAAUGUUAACAAAGAGGACAGUGAGUUUUGUCCAGAGAGUGUAUUUAGAAGUUGGAACGGAGAAGAUAAAAUACUGAAUAAUGAUACAGAACCAGCUGCUUUAUCUCACCUUGACUCUUUGAAGAACAUUUUUGGCUACCAUAAUGGGAAAAAGGGUCUGCAUUCACGAGACACCGGAGAUGAGCAGGUUUUGCUGUCCUGUGAACUUGGAUUUCCAUGUAGACAGACGGUUUUAUCUUCAUCAGUUCCUAAAAGAGAAGUGAAUAUUCCACCUUUCUUCAUGUCCCCAGUACAUUAUAAGCAAGUCUUCAGUGCAUGUCUUUCAGAGCAUUUAAAUAUCCUAAUGCAUGAUCUGUCACAAAGACUUCACAAAGCUUUCUCUAAAGUUGACAUGUCCUUCUAUACAUCAAGUGCAGACGAGACACGUAGUAAAGAUAAUGCUGCUCCUUUUUGUCAGCACCAGCAGCAAGCUAAGCUGGUAAUGGUCAGAAAGGAAGGCCCCAAUAAGGGCCGCUUCUUUUAUGCUUGUGAUGCACCCAAAGCCAGUCAAUGUAAGUUCUUUAAAUGGCUAGAUGAAGUUAAGGGGACGCAUGCACAGAGAGACAAACAUGAAUCCAAGGUGGUCAUAGCAGAUAUGAAAAGUCUGUCCAGCUAUGUCAGAUGUCAGAAUAUAAAACUCUAUGAGGAGAGCCAGCUCCUUAUUAGAAAAAUGUCAACCUUCCCAAAAAGAGAAUAUGGCAAAUUUAGAAAAUUUGCCAGUGGCGAUUCAGAAUUUGGUGGUGAAGCAAAAACAAAAUUGUAUCUUAAGUUAAGUAGAAAGGAUAGUUCUUCUGCUUACAACAAAGAUGAUCUGUGGGUUGUUUCAAAGACCCUGAACUUUGAUCCGAUGGAUACAUUCAUUGCUUGCAGUGUUUUCUAUGGGCCCUCUUCCAACAAUGAUAUAGAGAUCUCACCUUUGAAAGGAUACAGUCCGUCCAACUGGCCAUCAAAUAUGAUUGUCCAUGCAUUACUGGUCUGUAACGCAAGUACAGAACUGACGUCUUUGAGAAAUAUACAGGAGCACUUUAACCCGAUUUCUCUGCCUAUAAUGCCUCACCUUCUCACAAUGUCUACCUUUGAGAAGCCAAUACAAAUUCCUAGAGGGAGGUUCAGACCACCUGCAAUCACUGCUAAAGCCUCCGGCAAAUGUAAUAUUGCAGAUCAUACAUUUGUGUUGAAUUCAGCAAGGGAGAUGAUCUCGCAGUUUUGUUUGAAUGAAGACCAAGCCACAGCUUUGCUGCAAAUAGCACAUAUGAUGUCUAGCUCGGAAGCUGUCCAGGGACGUCAGUCUGCCCCCAUCACAAUCAUUCAUGGAGUUUUUGGUGCUGGAAAAAGUUACUUGCUGGCAGUGGUUGUUUUAUUCUUAGUUCAGCUUUUUGAAGUCCAUAAUCCUCCUGAAGAACGUGUUUUAUUCCACUGGAAAUUACUCAUUUCGUCAUCCACCAAUGUAGCGGUUGACCGCGUUCUUCUGGGAUUGCUCGACCUCGGGUUUGACCAGUUUAUUAGAGUUGGAAGCAUAAGAAAAAUUGCAAAGCCCAUCCUACCCCACAGCUUGCAUGCUGGAUCUGAGAAUGAAAGUGAACAACUUAAAGAACUUCAAGCCCUAUUAAAGGAAGACUUAACCCCUGGAGAAAAGGCAUAUGUUCGAAAAAGUAUUGAGCUACAUAAACUGGGCACCAAUAAGACAUUGCUGGGACAAGUUCGUGUGGUUGGUGCCACCUGUGCAGCUUGUCCCUUCCCUUGCUUGAGUAAUCUGACGUUCCCAGUUGUAAUUCUUGAUGAAUGCAGUCAGAUGACAGAACCAGCAUCUUUACUUCCAAUUGCCAGAUUUUGCUGUGAAAAGUUAAUCCUGGUUGGAGAUCCAAAGCAGCUUUCUCCUACUAUUCAAGGCUCUGAAGCUGCUCAUGCAUAUGGACUGGAACAAACUCUCCUGAAUCGGCUUUGCCUAAUGGGUCAUCAGGCUGUUAAGCUAACGACUCAGUAUCGCUGUCAUCCCACUAUUAGUGCUAUAGCCAAUGAACUCUUUUAUGAAGGAAGUCUUUCAAAUGGAGUGUCCCAUGAAGACAGGAAACCCCUCUUGGCCUGGUUACCCACGUUAUGCUUUUAUAAUGCCAGUGGCACUGAGCAGGUGGAGGGAAACAACAGCUUCUAUAAUGUGGAGGAAGCCAACUUUACAGUGAAGCUCAUUCAGUCCCUUAUAGCGAGUGGCAUACAAGGAUCCAUUAUUGGAGUGAUUACUCUCUACAGAUCUCAGAUGAAUAAGAUCUGCUAUAUGCUUAGCUCUGCUGCGGUAUGUGAUCCACUGGAUAUGAAAGCUGUUCAGGUGUCCACGGUGGAUGCCUUCCAAGGAGCUGAAAAGGAAAUUAUCAUUCUGUCUUGUGUCAGGACGAGGCAGGUUGGCUUCAUAGACUCAGAGAAAAGGAUGAACGUUGCACUGACUAGGGGAAAGCGACAUUUAUUAAUUGUUGGCAGUCUCGCCUGCUUGAGGAAGAACAAUCUGUGGGAGCAGGUGAUCCAUCACUGUGAAAAGCAUAAAGAUGGAUUGAAACAUGUAAGUCAGUGGGAUGAAAGACUAAAUGCUAUACUUGUACUUUAUCAAGAAAACAAAGAAAAGGAGGCAUCAAAUACACAGAAGAAACAAAUCAAAGUCCUGUGAAGAUCUAAAUGAAGAAGGCUCUUUAACCUUCUACUACUGGUCUGGAUCUAUGUGAAAGUGAAGAUAAUCCAGCGUUAUUUCAUCUUUGUCAUAUUUGCACAAAUUUCCCUGAGUCUUCCCAUGUUCUGGGCUAAAAACUGAAAACUUGAGAUCAGCACAUUUUUGUUAAUACUUAUCUAUUUCAUUGUUAGUAAGACCUUAAGAUUCACACCACCAUAAUAUCAACCACUUGCCUCAAAGAAACAUCUACUGAUAUCUUUUAAACCACAGAAACUAGCUCAUCUGCCUGAGAGUUGUCUCAAAAUUCUGAUAUUUAUUUAAUCCUAUUUAAAUUCUGUUUAUAUGUAUAUUGUGUUA